AUGGAGAUUAGGAGGUACCAAAAGACCACGGACCUCCUCACCUCCUCACCCCCUCUCCCUCACCCGCCUCCCCUUCCUUUCCAUUUCCAUCUAUUGCGUUCGUCUUACCUUGCUCCACCAGGCAUCAAGCGCAAGCCGCACCGCUACCGGCCGGGAACUGUGGCACUAAUGGAGAUUAGGAGGUUCCAGAAGACCACGGACCUUCUCAUUCGCAAGCUGCCGUUCAUGCGACUUUGCAAGGAGAUCUCUCACACGCUCACCACGAUGGACGUGCGAUGGACCGCUGACGCCGUUCUUGGGCUGCAAGAGGCAGCAGAGGCCUACCUGGUGAGCUUGUUUGAAGACGGAAUUCUGCUCGCCAUUCACUCCAAAAGAGUUACUUUAACUUACACUUCACUGCUUAUAACCCCUUCCUCCCCUCUCCUCCCACUCCUCCCUCCUCUCGCCCUCCUCCCUCCCUCCCCUUCUCGCCCCCCACUUUCUCCCCCCCCCGCCUCCCCCCUCCUCCCGUCCUCCUCCCUCCCUCCCUCUCUCCUCCCCCACCCCACAUCUGUGGUGCCAGUGAUUCGAGACAUCCAACUGGCCGAUGCCCAUUGCACUUGA